AUGGCUGCAUCUGCAUCGUCACACAACCCGUACUCUCGAUCUCCAAACUUGUCACACCGGUCGUACGACUCCUCGUCAGUAUCUUCCGCCCCGUCGCCGAGACCGACGAGCCAGUACUUCGGAGGAGGAGCGAUGAACGCUGGCCCUAGAACGACGGCGGCACCGCCGCCUCAGCCCAUUGGCAUCCCUCCCCUGCCUUCCAUUAACCAGAACACUUUUCAGUCGUACACCCCCAUGACGGCCGGUUCGAUGCUAGGACGGGACUCUCUGCCAUCGGCCGAUUCCGUAGCCAGUACACCGGGGCCGUCCAAUGCCUCCCUGCCGCCCAUGUCCCAAGCGCAGAAGCGGGCCUACCGCCAACGCCGAAAGGACCCCAGCUGCGAUGCCUGUCGGGAAAGGAAGGUUAAAUGCGACGCUACGGAAACGAGCAGCUGCUCGGAGUGUUCCAGUCGCAGCGUCAAAUGCCAGUUUACUAAGGAGACAAAUCGGCGCAUGUCGUCCAUCAAGCAGGUGCAGGAUCUCGAGAAGCAGAUGGAGAGGUUACGGAGGGAUAACGGUAACCUCAGACGCAUGCUUCAGGAACGAGAGGGACAGAUGGAUGUGGACGCCGAGGGCAUGGAGCAUCUACCUCCUCAGCUGCCCGAGAUGGGCGCGAAUCCAAAGCGCAGAAAACGCCCGACCCCAAUGCACGACCUUUCUACUGUCCGGUCGAACCUGCAGGCUUUCUCAAGAGGCAUCUGGAAGUCCCCUGUGCAGUAUCGACAGUCGGCGCCCAGUCCUCUCUUCGACCCGCAACGGCCAGAGCUCCCACCGCGGCAAACCACCGAUCAACUUCUGCAUUCCUUUUACGGCUCUGCGCAUACAAUGUUCCCCAUUCUACACUGGCCAACAUUUUCCAGUGGUGUUGACGACUUGUAUCGUCUCGGCAGCCAGAAGUCCUUCCAACCUGCCUGGCUUUCGACCUUCUUCGCCGCGCUCGCCUUGGGCAGCUUGUUUGCCCCUGACCCGAGCACACAUCGAGCAUACCGGGCUGCGGAGCUGCUCGAGGUGGCGCGCAACAUGAUUGAUCCCUGGAACAACGACUACGCGUUGGAGAAUGCACGUGCCUUUUUACUUAUAUCUGUUUGCCUCAAUGAGAUGAACCUCAAGUCGGCAGCCUGGACCUGGCUGGGAAGUGCCGUACGCAUAGGCCAGGACCUCGAGCUCCAUUCUGAGUCCGGGCCUUGGCCCGUCAUAGAGGGGGAGAUGAGGAGGAGGGUCUGGUGGACGACGUAUAUCUUGGAUCGAAGUCUUGCUCUAGAGCUUGGCCGGCCCAUCAUGAUUGACGACAGCGACUGCGACGUAUCGCUACCGGCUGGCGUGGACGACCACUAUAUUCACGAGGGAGGUAUCGUUGUCCCCCCCGGAAGGGAGCCUCUGAACCACUCGCUUUUGGCCAUAAUCAACGUGGUUAGGUCGUAUUCGGCCCUCAUCAAGACCCUUGCGGCCCCCAUGGUUGCGCCGUCCCGGCUCGCUACUUUCGACCAGACAUUUGUCAACUACUGCCGCAGCUUCCCCCCGGCUUGUGACGCCUCCAGCGGGGCAUCGCUGUCCCCGCAUCUUCUCGCGCCGUAUGCCUACGUCUUGCACGCGCGACUCGUACUGCAUCGACAUAAUCUGGCCCCGACAUGCCCCCCGGAGGUGCGCUUUGCCGCUAUUGAGCAAUGUACUCACACGGCGCUUGAAACGGCGGCACUUCUGAUGCGGACAACGACGACCCUUGCUGACGGAGCUACGGCAUUGCUCACGUCCCAUAUCUUCCGCUGCGCACUGUUUCUUCUAUUUUCUGGUCACUGGGACCAAGCCGUCGUAUGCGUUCGAUCACUGGCCUCCAUCGACGCGCGGAGAGAUGUGGCUUUGCCUUGUGGAAGGUUCCUCGCAUUCUUCGUGACAACGUUGGGAGCGAAGCGUGCUGAACACGCCGCUCUCCUUGCAAGGGCAACGCCUCCCAGAUCGACAUUUGCACCUCCUCCACCUCCGCCUAUGAGUGGUCCUCGGGCACUGCAAGAUGCACUACUGCGGGAUGAGGAGCUGCUCGCAUACGUGAGCGCUGACCUCCAGGCUGCUCCCAACUGUGCUUGGGUCUGGGCGGGCGGAGAGCGUGAGGGCUUUCUCUCCCCCACAUCACCAGGCACCAUCAUGUCAGGGGCAGGUGCUGGAAGCGGACUCUUUAGUGCUCAGCAGAGAACUGGUCUCACAGAUCAAGAGAUCAGUGAGUGGGGUGGAUGGAGUCGCUUGGACGCCGCAGUCAGGGGCUUGGCAUCUGGGAACUCAACGCCGACACCGACCUCUGCAACUUGGGCAGCACCGCUGCCACCAGCCAUCAAGAUUGAGGGUGGGGGUAGCUUCCCACCGCCGCCCACACCUGGCAGCGCCCCUUUGUUGAGCGCGGGGGUGAUAAGCAGCAGCGGAAAUAGCCCGUUAGCAAGCAGCGCGACCCGGUCUCAAGAUCGACUGAGUAUCGCCAACAUUAUCUAA